AAUUGGCAGUUUUUAAACUAUAAACUACAAACCUGGCUAAACUCGCACUCGGGAGUUCUGUUCGAAGUGACAGACAAACAAACCAAGUGCGAGAAAGAGAGCAGGUCGGGAGAGCGGUGAAGAGGGAAUGGGCUCGCCCCAGGUUUGGCUGCCGGAGCGGGGCUGAAGCGUCUCGUCUCCCGGAGAAAGCUGCAGCUCCUCUCGCAACAAAAAAGAAGAGGAGGCUGAUGAGAUCUGCCACCUGAAACACUACAGACAAGGGUCCACUUCAUUACAGUACAUAGAAGGCAACCACUCUUAGAAUUUUACAGGGAAAAUUAUAAGAGCAAAAUGUUACCGACCACAGCGUAUUCUCCCCAAACCCAGGGAAACGGCUCUUUGAAUUCCAGAGAUGCUGCGCGCCAUACAGCUGGAGCAAAACGGCACAAAUACCUGCGCAGGCUCUUCCGAUUCCGAGCGAUGGAUUUCGAGUUUGCGGUGUGGCAGAUGCUGUACUUGUUCACGUCUCCACAGAAGGUUUACCGGAACUUCCAUUACAGGAAGCAGACAAAGGAUCAGUGGGCCAGAGACGACCCAGCGUUUCUUGUGCUGCUCAGUAUCUGGCUGUGUGUCUCCACUUUAGGGUUUGCUUUCGUGUUGGGAAUGGGAUUCCUGGAAAUGAUUAAGCUGCUAUUAUGGGUUGUCUUUAUUGAUUGCAUAGGUGUUGGACUUCUGAUCUCAACCUUAAUGUGGGUUAUCUCCAACAAAUACUUAAUGAAACAACAGAGCAAGGACUACGAUGUGGAGUGGGGAUAUGCAUUUGACGUGCAUCUCAAUGCCUUCUACCCACUGCUCGUCAUUCUGCAUUUCAUUCAGCUGUUUUUUAUUAACCAUAUUGUAUUUAUCAACCAUGAUUGGUUCGUUGGUUGCUUUUUUGGGAAUACACUGUGGUUGAUUGCAGUUGGCUAUUACAUCUAUAUUACUUUUCUUGGAUAUAGUGCAUUGCCCUUUCUGAAGAACACAGUAAUUAUGCUGUAUCCAUUUGCACUCCUGGUUUUACUGUACAUAUUAUCAUUGGGAUUGGGGUGGAACUUCACCAAAGGACUUUGCUGGUUCUACAAGUUCAGAGUACAGUGAAAGUCUGAAAUGACUUCUUAAAAGGACACUAUAAUAAGCCUUUUGUUUUUGCUGUGUUGCAGCAUAGGAUGUGGGUUUUCUUUUUGCUUUUUUUUUUUUAAACCUGUAAAUAAAAUUAUUUUCAUUGUAGAUAAAGUUGUAAUCCUGUUUUAUGAAGGUAGUGUGUUUUUUUUUUAUUAUUAUUUUGAUGAACUGACAUUUCACAGCAUUGACAAAUCUGCAUUGAAAAAUAAACAUUAGCUAUUUCAAAUGAGGACAACUAUUAUAUUUACUUACCCGAAACAAUGUACAUUCCUGAAACUCUUAAACUGUCUUUUUUAAUAAAGAAGUUUACAUGUA